AUGCACGCACCCUCUUCCUCCCCCGCAAGCCAUCAAGAACAAGAGGUCCAUCCCUUUGUCGGAUUCGUUGAGACCACAGUAGACGCAUUGCGCAUAGUAGCAGCGGCAAGGUUGCUUAAUGAAUCUGAAAGAAGGACCUUGGUCAAGUCUGGAGCCGUAUUCUGCUAUGGUAUUGAGGAGAGCGGCGUGAGACGAUGGACAGAUGGGUUACUCUGGUCACCAUCAAGAGUCUUGGGCAACUUUCUGGUUUACCGUGAGGCUAUGCCUGCUGAGUCCCACAGAGGUCAAGGGCAAACGCAGAUGCCACGCAUCGCCUCUAGUACAGCGUCCGACAGACUAGUCCGGGACAGGAGUCGUUCUGAAGGAGGAUUGGGAAUUCUGAAGCCAAACGGCCUGUAUAAAAAAACUAUCAGUCUCCAACUCGAGGGCGUUGAUUAUCAUCUCGUCGCUUACUUCUCAGAGGACGAUCUGACCCGAAACCGGCUACCGCGACCUGCCACCAGAGCCGACAUUGGGGCAGUCCCGAUUACACCUGCGAUGGUGCGCACCAGCGACUUCCGCCACCCACCAUCAGUCCAUACAGCCGCAGAUGGUACACAACAUAUAGUCGAUACGGAGGAGCUUGAAGCCGAUCAAGGCAACUCCUCCACGAGUGCGUCUCGCAGAGAAAUGUCCAGUAACGAAGUCUUGAGAUCUUCGCCAACACAGCAUCAGACCUUCAUGCAUCGUUGGGCUGUCGCCGUACCAGAAGGCGAUAUUCCGCUCCAGUCUCCCGCAACGUUCACAAUGUCUUUUCCAUCGUCUCCUACGUCGCCUCCUACCACCACCACGAUCGGAGAAAUAGGCUCACCAAGUACAUCAAUCUUCCAUGGCGAGGCCGAAGAGCACGACCUGAGCUCUGCCCCUUUCAACUACCGUCUCGCAAGCAGGGCAAGUGAGCCGUGGGACAAAGAUGCAUCUGCUGGAUCAACGUACUCCUCCACACAGAGCCGUUGAUUUUCAUGACCCUGUCCUUUUGUCGCCUUAUCUCGUCGAGUUUUCUUUUUCACCAAUGAGAUUCAUACACGAAUCUGAUAAAGCCAAUUGUACUUCAGCGUCUAAAUACACUCACCUUGUAUCCUCCACUGCACAUCUCGACUUCUACUUGUGAGAUGGCUCGGUUCUGGCCAGACUGGCGCUCAAGAAGUCAAACUUCUGCAUCCUCG